CUCUUUUGCCAUCAUGAUUCCUACUGUAAUCAUUGCAAUGAAAGGCCUCUCUUUCUCUCUCUUCUAUUUCGAUUUCUUUUUUUGUUCUCUCUCUUCUAUAUAUACUCUCAAUUCCAUCGCUCCAACCAAUUCCGAAUUCAAUUUCCACAAAAAUGUGCGAUUCUUCUCGAUUCAUGCUCCUUUCCUUCACUCGUUCCUCUUUACGUUGCCGCCAUCGCCGCCGGCCGAUUCGACUCUACAGGCUUUUCAGGAGGAUGAAAUUCGCGAAGGAUCGGACCGGCGUUAAGGAAGAGAUGGAGAUCGAGAAUUUGAAACUGUACAUGGAGAAUCAAAGCAUUAUUGAGGAGAACGAGAGGCUGAGAAAGAAGGCGUUUCUUCUUCACAAAGAGAAUCAGGUUUUGUUAUCUCAACUCCAGAUUUUCUCUAAGCGAAAAUCGCAGCCUAACUCCGAUUUGAGCGACUAGCUCGAAAAUUAAAUCAUCUAUAACGAUCGAGUAGAGGAUUUUUCAACGCUAUCAUAACUUUCGGCUUCCGAUUUCUUUUUCCUACGAUUCCUUGGUUUGUAAUCUGUCCUUAUGAAAAUAAAUUAGGUGUUGAUUUAGAGGGGAGGGGAAUAAUCAAGGAUAAAUUCAGUUUUUAGGGCAUAGAUUUUGAGAAAUAUAGUCAUGUGAAGAAAUACAUCAUGAACUGUUGCAAAUGUAAUAGAGAACUCUGUACCGUCAAAAAUCGAUCGAUCUAAAUUCUUUAUUGAAACUCCAUUGAAGAAGCUUUGGUUGAAGGGUUCGAUCUUGAAGCAAAAGAAUGAUUUGGUUCUUGGAACUAAAGCUUGAAUCCAAAUGGUGGAAAGGGAAUGUAGCAUCGUUCUAGAAAGCGUUGCUUUU